AUCACCACUAAAAAUCUUUACACAUUUAAUGCCUGAAAGCUGAAACCGAAUCGAAUAGUAAACAUCACCACUAAAUCUAAGCAAGCCUUCCUCGAUUCGACCGACAAGUGACGCCUCCCGGCAAACACACCUGGGGACGAGUGGAUGACAGUCUGGUACCACAACCAGGAAGCCUGAAUAUGCUUUUUUACCAACAAGGCCACUUAAUUAGAAAAGUCAGCAUUUCCAAGAAUACUUAUACUUACUUAUACUUAUAAAGUUCGGAAUUUUGAAAGGCCACUUGGCCUCAAGGAUCCGGUCCUAUCGAGCUCCUUACUGACUCAGUGUCCUGACUCAGUCGUUAAGGCUUGAAGUACCAGUGAUCUAGCACCCUAAUUUGCCUAAUUGAAAUGGCAUCAGUAUCAACGGUACCAUCUAUUCGCCGCCUUGAUGAGACGGUUGUGAACAGAAUCGCUGCCGGAGAAGUGGUCCAGAGGCCAGCAAAUGCUUUGAAGGAAAUGCUGGAAAAUAGCCUGGAUGCCAAAGCCACCAAUAUAACUGUGACAGUUAAAGACGGAGGUUUGAAGAUACUUCAGAUACAGGAUAACGGAAUAGGUAUUCGGCGUGAGGACCUGUCGCUGGUCUGCGAACGCUUCACCACGAGCAAGCUGACGGCCUUCGAGGACCUGAUGCAGAUCGGCACGUACGGUUUCCGCGGCGAGGCGCUGGCCAGCAUCACGCACGUGGCACACCUGACCAUCACCACUCGCACAGCCGACUCCAAGUGCGCAUUCAGGGCGCGCUACACGGACGGUCGGCUCCGAGAGGACCCCAGACCCUGCGCUGGUAACGUCGGCACCCAGAUCCUGGUGGAGGACCUGUUCUUCAACAUGGCCGCCCGGCGGCAGGCGCUGCGCAGCCCGACAGAGGAGUUCAACAAAAUCUCGGAGGUGGUGAGCCGGUACGCCAUCCACAACAGCUCGGUGGGCUUCACGCUGAAGAAGCAGGGCGAGCCGGCCGUGUACCUGCGCACGCCGCCGCGCUCCUCGGCGCUGGACAACAUACGAACCGUGUUCGGCGCCGCCACCGCCAAAGAGCUGCUACAGCUGACCCACGAGGAGUCUUCUCUAAAACUCAGCGUGUCUGGAUACAUAUCCGGGGUCAACUUCGCCGCCAAAAAGUCGACAAUGCUGCUCUUCAUCAACCAUCGCCUGGUCGAAUCCACUGCGCUGCGGAAGGCCCUGGAGCAGGUGUACUCGUCGUACCUUCCGCGGCACGCGCAGCCCUUCAUCUAUCUGAGUUUGCAGAUGGCACCGGAGAUGGUGGACGUCAACGUACACCCGACCAAGAACCAGGUGUAUUUUCUACACGAGGACCAGAUAAUUGAGCUGAUUCAGAAGAAGGUCGACUCGCUUUUAGUAGGAACUUCGGCGGCCAGGACAUUCUACACACAGACGCUGCUGCCGGGCGCCUCGUCUGCGCCGCCGGCCGCGGACCUGCCUCCCGCCAAGACGGCCGCCCGUCCCCAGCAGACGGUACGCACCAGUCACCGAGACCAGAAGCUGGAUACGUUCGUCCGGCAGGCGGCGGCUAGCGCGGGGGACGGCGGGGAUGGAGCGGCAGUGGGCACGGCGCCGCAGAGUGCUCGCCCAGUAGAGCUCAGCUCGGUCCUCUCCCUCCGCGAGGAGGUGGAGCGCGGCUGUCACAGCGGUCUCCGGCGGCUGCUGGCCGAACACUCGCUGGUCGGUGUGGUGACGGCUCAGCUGAGCCUGGUACAGCACCAGACCCGGCUCUACCUGGUCAACCACCGGCGGCUCGCCGAGCAGCUCUUCUACCAGAUCUGCCUCUACCAGUUCGGAGCGCUGGGACUCCUGCAGCUCGAGGAGUCCCCGCCGGUCCGGGAGCUGGCGCUGCUCGGUCUGGAGCAGAAGGACGCCGGAUGGACCGAGGAGGACGGACCCAAGGAGGAGCUGGCCGACUGCGUCUGUCAAGUUCUGCAGCAGCACGCGGACAUGCUGGACGACUACUUCUCUAUCCAGGUGGACGCCCAGGGACGGCUGCGCGCCCUGCCGCUGCUGCUCGAUAACUACGAGCCGCCGAUCGCCGCUCUGCCCGGCUUCCUCACCCGGCUGGCCACGGAGGUGAACUGGGAGACUGAACGGCAGUGUCUGCACGACAUCUGUCGGGAGAUCGCCAGGCUCUACAGCUGGACACCGGCCACAGAUGGCGCUGUGAGCGAGCCGGCGCGCCUGCAGCUGGAGCGCGCCCUACUGCCGGCUGUGAAGGAGCAACUGCUGCCGACCGGACGGUGGGCGGACGACGGCACUGUGCUGCAGGUGGCAGACCUGCCCGACCUCUACAAGGUGUUUGAGCGGUGCUAGAGGCGACAGCCGACCGCCGGCUGGCGGGCUGAGUCGUCAUCUGACAGUGGUUCCAAUCGGAGCGGUGAUAUUUUGGUCAGCAGGCUGCUGCAGCUGGGAGCGAAGGGAGACUGUUCUGCUCCGUUGUGGUGGCUAUCGGAAAGGUGCGUGUGAACUGCCUUUCUUGUGACGAUGGCCACCGCACGGCACACCAUGCUGUGGAAAACUCGUUGGUACUCGUUGGAACUCGUUGGUGUAGGUGGCGCUGGUGAUGCUAUGAGUACAAAGGCGUUGGAUCGUGAUAACUGAUAACACUUGAUUGAUUGCGUUGUGAGAUGUUACGUUGCCGACCUGUUAUGAGCUGAAUACAUGAGGCUGUAUAAAAGAAA